AGUAGUGAGUAGCGGUGAUCUUGCCUCAGGUGGAUGCUUGGUGCAGUAGCCCCUGCUCUCUUCCUGACUCGGUGAAGCUGACAGCCGCCGUCGUGCAGGACCAGCGAGUGUUUGGGGGUUGGAGUCAUGUCGGCAGCUGCUCAGGGGACCAGCAAAGCGGCCCACGGUGAUGUGGCCCCGAAAAAGAAGAAAGGACCGGGCGCCCUGGCCACGGCCUACCUGGUUAUUUACAAUGUUGUUAUGACAGCCGGGUGGCUGGUGAUCGCGGUGGGUCUGGUUCGAGCUUACCUGGCCAGGGGAAGCUACCACGGCCUUUAUUACUCUAUAGAGAAGCCGCUGAAAUUCUUUCAGACAGGAGCUCUUCUGGAGAUCCUGCACUGCGCUGUAGGAAUUGUGCCGUCCUCUGUGGUCCUGACGGGGUUCCAGGUCAUGUCUCGGGUCUUUCUCACUUGGGCCGUCACUCACAGCGUCAGAGAGGUGCAAAGCGAGGACAGUGUGCUGCUGUUCGUCACAGCCUGGACCGUCACAGAGAUCAUCCGCUACUCUUUCUACACCUUCAGCCUCCUUAAUCAUCUGCCGUACCUCAUCAAGUGGGCAAGGUACACCUUCUUCAUCGUUCUGUAUCCGAUGGGAGUGAGCGGAGAACUGCUGACCAUCUACGCAGCUCUGCCGUACGUGCAGAAGACUGGCCUGUACUCCGUCACCCUCCCCAACAAGUACAACUUCUCCUUCGACUACUACAGCUUCCUCAUCCUCGUCAUGAUCUCCUACAUUCCUCUCUUUCCCCAGCUGUACUUCCACAUGAUGCGGCAGAGGAAGAAGGUGCUGGGCCACACGGACGACUACAGCAAAGUGGAGUGAGCUGUGCGGCGCUCAGAACGGCUCACAUGAGAG